GAAACUGACACAAAGUAGCGGGCCGAGCCCCGGGCGAGCGGAGCUGCAGCUGGGGGCGAGAGCCCGCGGGGAGCCCAGCCGAGCGCCCCCCGCCGCAGCCCCCGGCAUGGGCAGGACGGGGCGGCCGCGGCGGGCGCCGGGCGCCGCGCGCUGAGGGUCUCCCAUGGGAUUGCUGGCACCUUGCUGGGUGAGAUGGCACUGUGUGCAAAAAAGCGCCCCCCAGCCUUGGCCCUUGUGACCCCCAGAGGUGGGCUGGAGAGCCCUUGACAGGACAGCCCCGUGUUCUGGGACAUGAACUUGGUACCUGCAGUCCCAGAUCAGCGGAUGUUCAGGAUAGGUGUCACUCAGUUAGUGACAGAAGAAGAAAGGAGGGCUCGAGCCAAUGACCGAGAAUACAAUGAGAAAUUCCAGUAUGCAAGUAACUGCAUCAAGACCUCCAAGUACAAUAUUCUCACCUUCCUGCCUGUCAACCUCUUUGAGCAGUUCCAGGAGGUUGCCAAUACCUACUUCCUGUUCCUUCUCAUUCUGCAGUUGACCCCACAGGUGUCCUCUCUUUCCUGGUUCACCACCAUCGUGCCUUUGGUUCUUGUCCUCGCCAUCACGGCUGUUAAAGACGCUACUGAUGACUAUUUCCGCCACAAGAGCGAUAACCAGGUGAAUAACCGGCAGUCCCAAGUGCUGAUCAAUGGGAGCCUCCAGCAAGAGCAGUGGAUGAAUGUCUGUGUUGGCGAUAUUAUCAAGCUGGAAAACAAUCAGUUUGUGGCGGCGGAUCUCCUCCUCCUUUCCAGCAGUGAGCCCCAUGGCCUGUGUUACAUAGAGACCGCAGAACUUGAUGGAGAGACCAACAUGAAAGUGCGCCAGGCAAUCCCAGUCACCUCGGAGUUGGGAGACAUCAGUAGGCUCGCCAAAUUUGAUGGUGAGGUGGUCUGCGAGCCUCCCAACAACAAGCUGGACAGGUUCAGUGGGACCCUUUACUGGAAGGAGAGCAAGUUCCCCCUGAGCAACCAGAACAUGCUGCUGCGGGGUUGUGUGCUGCGCAACACCGAGUGGUGCUUCGGGCUGGUGGUCUUUGCGGGUCCUGACACGAAGCUGAUGCAGAACAGCGGCAGGACAAAGUUCAAGAGAACAAGUAUUGAUCGCCUAAUGAAUACAUUGGUGCUCUGGAUUUUUGGAUUCCUGGUCUGCAUGGGGGUGAUCCUGGCCAUUGGCAAUGCCAUCUGGGAGCAUGAAGUUGGGAUGCGCUUCCAGGCCUACCUGCCGUGGGACGAGGCGGUGGACAGCGCCUUCUUCUCCGGCUUCCUCUCCUUCUGGUCCUAUAUCAUCAUCCUCAACACCGUGGUGCCCAUAUCGCUCUACGUCAGCGUGGAGGUCAUCCGCCUGGGCCACAGCUACUUCAUCAACUGGGACAAGAAGAUGUUCUGCAUGAAGAAGCGGACGCCCGCAGAGGCGCGCACCACCACCCUGAACGAGGAGCUGGGCCAGGUGGAGUAUGUCUUCUCUGACAAGACGGGCACCCUCACCCAGAACAUCAUGGUCUUCAGCAAGUGCUCCAUCAGCGGCCGCAGUUACGGGGACGUGCUUGAUGUCCUGGGACACAAAGCUGAAUUGGGACAGAAGCCAGAGCCUGUCGACUUCUCCUUCAACCCUCUGGCCGACAACAAGUUCUUAUUUUGGGACCCCACCCUCCUGGAGGCUGUCAAGAUGGGGGACCCCCACACGCACGAGUUCUUCCGUCUCCUUUCUCUGUGUCAUACUGUCAUGUCAGAAGAGAAGAACGAAGGGGAGCUGUACUACAAAGCCCAGUCCCCGGAUGAGGGCGCCCUGGUCACCGCAGCCAGGAACUUCGGUUUUGUAUUCCGCUCUCGCACCCCCAAAACCAUCACUGUCCACGAGAUGGGCACAGCCGUCACCUACCAGCUGCUGGCCAUCCUGGACUUCAAUAACAUCCGCAAGCGGAUGUCUGUCAUCGUGCGGAAUCCAGAAGGGAGGAUCCGGCUCUACUGCAAAGGGGCUGACACGAUCCUGCUGGACAGACUUCACCCCUGCCCCCAGGAGCUGCUCAGCACCACCACUGACCACCUGAAUGAGUAUGCCGGGGAAGGGCUGAGGACCCUGGUGCUGGCGUACAAGGAUCUGGACGAAGAGUACUACGGGGAGUGGGCCCAGAGACGGCUCCGAGCCAGCCUGGCCCGGGACAGCCGGGAGGACCGGCUGGCCAGCGUGUACGAGGAGGUGGAGAGCGACAUGGUGCUGCUGGGCGCAACAGCCAUUGAGGACAAGCUUCAGCAGGGGGUUCCAGAGACCAUCGCCCUCCUGACGCUGGCCAACAUCAAGAUUUGGGUGCUGACCGGAGAUAAGCAAGAGACGGCCGUGAACAUCGGCUAUUCUUGCAAGAUGCUGACGGACGACAUGACGGAGGUGUUCAUUGUCACCGGCCACACUGUCCUCGAAGUGCGGGAGGAGCUCAGGAAAGCCCGGGAGAAGAUGCUGGACUCACCCCACGCUGUGGGAAAUGGCUUCACCUGCUCAGAGAAGCGUUCUGCCAGGCUCACUUCUGUCCUGGAGGCCGUUGCCGGGGAGUACGCCCUUGUCAUCAACGGGCACAGCCUGGCCCAUGCGCUGGAGGCGGACAUGGAACUGGAGUUCCUGGAGACGGCCUGUGCCUGCAAAGCUGUCAUCUGCUGCCGUGUGACCCCUCUGCAGAAGGCACAGGUGGUGGAGCUGGUUAAGAAGCACAAGAAAGCCGUGACCCUCGCCAUCGGCGACGGAGCCAACGAUGUCAGCAUGAUCAAGACGGCUCACAUUGGCGUGGGCAUCAGCGGCCAGGAGGGCAUCCAGGCUGUGCUGGCCUCCGACUACUCCUUCUCCCAGUUCAAGUUCCUGCAGCGCCUCCUGCUGGUGCACGGGCGCUGGUCCUACCUGCGCAUGUGCAAGUUCCUCUGCUAUUUCUUCUAUAAGAACUUUGCCUUCACCAUGGUCCACUUCUGGUUUGGCUUCUUCUGCGGCUUCUCCGCCCAGACCGUCUACGAUCAGUACUUUAUCACCCUUUACAACAUUGUGUACACCUCGCUCCCAGUCCUAGCCAUGGGGGUCUUCGACCAGGAUGUCCCGGAGCAGCGGAGCAUGGAGUACCCCAAGCUGUAUGAGCCAGGCCAGCUGAAUCUUCUCUUCAACAAGCGGGAGUUCUUCAUCUGCAUUGCCCAGGGCAUCUACACGUCCGUGCUCAUGUUCUUCAUCCCGUACGGCGUGUUUGCUGAGGCCACGCGAGACGACGGCACCCAGCUGGCCGAUUACCAGUCCUUUGCGGUCACCGUGGCGACCUCCCUGGUCAUCGUGGUCAGCGUGCAGAUCGGGCUGGACACUGGCUACUGGACGGCCAUCAACCAUUUCUUUAUCUGGGGCAGCCUGGCUAUCUACUUCGCCAUCCUGUUUGCCAUGCACAGCAAUGGGCUCUUCGACAUGUUUCCAAACCAGUUCCGGUUUGUGGGCAACGCCCAGAACACCCUAGCCCAGCCCACGGUGUGGCUGACCAUCACGCUCACCACCGUCGUCUGCAUCAUGCCUGUGGUCGCCUUCCGGUUCCUCAAGCUGAGCCUGAAGCCCGAUCUCUCGGACACGGUGCGCUACACCCAGCUGGUGAGGAAGAAGCAGAAGGCCCAGCACCGCUGCCUGCGACGGGUGGGCCGCACCAGUUCCCGGCGCUCGGGCUACGCCUUCUCGCACCAGGAGGGAUUCGGGGAGCUCAUCAUGUCUGGCAAAAACAUGCGGCUCAGCUCCCUCGCUCUGGCCAGCUUUACCACCCGCUCCAGCUCCAGCUGGAUUGAGAGCCUGCGCAGGAAGAAGAGUGACAGCGCUGGGAGCCCCAGCGGAGGGGCCGACAAGCCCCUCAAGGGGUGAGGGCUGACCCUGGGGCGCCCGUGCCGGCCACGAGCGUGCGGGGCGGUCCAGCCACCGAGAGGACAGCUCCUCAGAACUGCGGGCCCCCCACGCCCGCCUUGCAUCCCUCCUUGCAGACCCCAUCCUACUGGCACCUCCAGCCCGGGGGGGCGGUGGUGGUGGCGGGGGCCCGGAGGGCGGAGCAGGGACAGGGGCAUCAGGAGCCAGCCCCAGGGAGGGGUCAGAUGUGGAACCAAAAACUGAAAUUGAGAUUGGGUCUGCCCCUGCCCUGCUUGGAGCCCACAGGGAGACUAGAAUCUCUGUAUUUUUUUACUCCCACUCCCCAGAGGGGGCCGAGGGCCUCUGUUCCUGAAUUACACAAGAAUGUAUCAUGCUGGGAAGCCAGAGAUCUGCUGGGGCCUACGGGCCCCUCACGUCGUGUGUGUCUCUCCUUGAUUUGUGUUUGUGUCCAGUUUGGUUUUGUGUUUUUUAUUUGGCAGGAGGAGGGGGCCUCUGAGUGACUUCUGUGUUGUGGGAAGAGGAGGCUGGCCCCCCAGGGGUGCCCCAGCUGGCUGGAUGGGGUGGUUCUGCAGGGCCCUUGAGGGCUGCAAGGCUGGCCAGGGAGGAAGCCCCCGCCAGCCCCAGGGGUCCGCAGAGCACGGAGGAGGAGGACUUGGUCCCGUCCCCUUCCUCCCCCAGCACACGUAUCAGUUCCUGGGUCCGUAAGUCCUGCUGGUGUUGGGCUGGAGCCUGGGGGCGCCGUCCUGCCAUUCUCUGACCUCAAGCUGGGUGUAAGAUGUAGUCCAAAAAAAGAGAUUUCUUUCAUUUUAAAUUUGGAUCUGAGUUCAUUAGCAGAGUCCUGUCUGUCUUCCAUCCAUCAUCUGGCAUUUUCCUGCUCCCGCACCCGGGACCAGAGGCGGGGCUGAAGGGGAAGCGGGCCUCCACUGCUCCCUGCUGGUACACGAGGGGUCCCGCCCCUCCAGCCCCAGCAUCCAAGAGAGCUGUGGAGGGGGGCGGGGGUGCUGGCCGGCCCAGGCCCAUCCACACCCCAAAUCAGGCUUCAGCUGGGGUAGUUGCUACCAGUUCAGUCUGCGUAGUGGAGGGCCUGCUGAGGGUUGGUGUGGGCCUGGGAGGGGCGUGUAGGCCUUAACUCAGUGCAGGAGCCUCGAGGCAGGUGGGCUGGGCAGGGGGCCAGGGGAGGGGACGCUUGACAGGGAAAACCCUUUUGGCUGCACAGUUUACAAACCCAACAUCAUGUCUGUCUGUGUGUCUCUCAAGGUGAGAGUCUGAUUUUUAUACCAAAGAGGAAAUGAUUUUUUUUCAUAUUUGAUUUGUCUAUAUUAUAUAAAUAUAUAUAUAAAUAUAUAUAUACAAUUAUAUAUAUAUUAUUUUUUUGGUUCUCUCUCGUUUUUUUAGGGAGGGAGGCAGUACCAAGUUGCAUUGAGCUGUAAUAAAGGAACGUUCUGUAUAAUUUAUGACACAUUUCUAUACUUGCAAGAAUUAUAUCAUUUUAUGGACAUAAGAAAAAAAUGCCUUUUUAUAAAAUUCCAAUU